GAUGCAGGCAAUAUAAAGUCCGCGGCAUCUGAAACCUUCUUUUCAUUCCGUGGCGUCGCGCAGGAUCGGUUGUACGAUUUGAUUAUAAAACCUUAUUUGAGUAUGGAUUCUUUGCCGUUUAAUUUUAAUAAUAUGGAAGAAAGUAAACCGAUUUUUACAACUGCGAGUGAAACAGUGUCUACAUCGACCACGGAAAGUUUUGCACCAUCGAACCGAGGAAUGGCGGGCCAGGAGUUCUACCCCGGCAGCAGCGGGUUGCUGAAUUUGCUGGCUCAGCAAGAGCCCCGACCCGGAGACACUGCACCAACAGCUGCUGAAAUGAUGACCGAUGAUAUGAUGAACUUCCGAAUGAACGGCACCGAUCUGCUAUUUGACGAUGAACACACUUCUAACUAUUACAUGGGUGCUGGUGCCAACCGGCCUGACCUGAUGUCAUCGAGCAACAUAUGGACCAACGGCAGCGGCGUGGCAUCGGAGAAGUCCGAGAUGAUGGACACCUUCGAGUUCCUUAUCAAAAGUCUAUCGUCAGCCAACAACUACGUGUCUAUGCUAACGCGCGAACAGCUCUCGUUACUGCGCUGCAUCCGCCCGAGCCUGCUGUACGAGUUCCUUCAGGAGGUGCUCAAGGCACGCACGGACAAGCGCACACGCCGUCCCUUGCCCACCGAAUGCGCGUUCUGCAAGAACAACGGCGAGAACGAAGAGUGCUACUCAUCGCACGCUCUAAAGGACUGGCGUGGCCGCGUACUGUGCCCCGUGCUGCGAGCCUUCAGAUGCCCGCGGUGCGGAGCUACUGGAGACCGGGCGCACACCAUCAAGUACUGCCCGGAGAACGGUGACAAAGAUCGCCAUGGCCUAUCGUCCCGCCGGCGCGGGCCUCCAUCAUCAUCACUCCUGCUGGGCCAAACCGGUUUCCCCGCAAGUGGGCCCUCGUCGUGUCCCCCGACCCCCGCGCCGCCUGCCCCGUCGCCAUCGCCGUCCUCGGCCUUCUCGCCGUCGCUGUGGUCUUCCUACGGCUUAUAAACUAAAUUAUCUUCGGGAAAAAGGUGGGUUUCCACUGGGAGUGGGCAAUGGCUGAGCGUGUAUGUUUGUUCGUUGAAGCUAGAGUGCAUCCGAUCGCAGUGGAAACCCGGUCUAACAAUUAGGCUACUUAUCACAAAUAUUCAUUAGCGUUUCGUUUUCAUGUUCAAAGCGCGCGCAACGUGGGAACGACGUUAAUGAACACCGAUGUCAAAUAUUGGUCCCAAUAUUGGCGUCGACAUUGUCGGCCUCAAAGCUUUCACGAGCACUGAUGUUUGGACCAAUGUUUUAAAUCGGUUUUGUUGGCCUAGAAAUAUUUUUGUGUUAGUUUAGGUUUGAUAUAGAAAUUGCAGCAAAUUCUUUCAACGAGUGUUAUUCAGAUUUGGUGAACUCUGAAUGAUACUUAGUUGAUUAUUGCUAAAUGUUUUUUUUUUGUUAGUCGAUUCUAAGGCCUUAGUAAAUUUAAGUGCUGUUUAUAAAUAGCGCCUAUUAGUUAUGAAACUAAUUCAUGAUAAAUUCAAUUUCUUUGCCCAUGGGCACGACAAUGGUAUGUUGCUGGACAUCGAGUACCGCGCUAAGGGUUUUUGCUGAUAAUCAUACAUUAUCUACCUAAGUUGCGUUCUUAUUCCAUUAUAGAUUUUUCAUUUCGCAAAUAUUUACCAACUGGACUUAAAUGUCAUAAAUACAAAAUUCAAAGCUUUGUAAAUGAAAAAACUGUAAUUACCUACUUGUCCAUGGUGACUUUUCUAUGUUAUCGUAGAAUAGUGCAUGUGUUCAAGUAAAUGCGAUCUCUGACCUAUUACACUGGCAUAUUAUGUACACUGCUUUCGUCCCUUUCGCACUUGAGAUUUAUUUCAUAGUAGAAAGAGAUGAUAGUUUUAAAUCCAAGUGUAAUGGAGUCCAUUCAAUUAUCAGUAUGCGGGUCAUACUCUUUUUGAAUUUCUUAGGAUCGCCAUUUUGAAUUAGAGCGCAACUCGAAAUCCUUAGUUAUAUAUUUCAAUUCCUUCAAAUUUUUCAUUGGGAUUUAAAAAUGAUAUUGCAGCUUACAAUUGAAAAAUUACAGAUGUUUUAUAUAAAUUACAACAUUAAUCUCCGAUUAAAUACGAUUCAAUCAUUACAAUUGCAAAUUUCAAUGAAUUAAUUGCUAAUACUGAUUCAUUCAAAUAAUUUUGUUAAUACAUGCAAUAAUUGAACAUCGAUUUCUGAUAUUUUAGCUUUGGCAAAUGUUAAUGAUAUGAUAAUUAAGUGUUGUUUUACCAAUGAAAAAUUUACUCUUUUGGUGUGGGUUAUUAAAGUAUGAGCAUUUA